CAUCUGCCAUUGCUAUUCCCCGUAACCUUCUUUCCCUAGGAAGCUCGCUAGUUUGUUUUUGCGCCAAUUUUUUCGGUCUACAGCACCCCCAUUUUCCUUGGUUGUCUUCACUCGUCGUCUUCAUCAAGCACACAGCGACUUCAUCGUCCACCGAAGGGGAUUUUUCAUAAGAAAACAUGCCAGAGAGUUCUUCAGCACCUUCUCAACUUUCAGGCUCAAAUCAUGAACAUACUUCACCACCUCCUUGUACGCUUCUAAGUGUUGGACAGGCAUUUUCUGGUACUCAGAAUUUCUCCAUUCUUCGAAAGGACGAAGCAUGGAGAGUUAAUGUACGGAUUCAAGGUUGUGACCUCAACCAUGGCUAUCUAUGUGGCACUAUGGAAGCACUUGAUGUUCCUAUGGCAGACUCACCAGUUGUUACUUUCUGGGAAGGAGAGAUUGUUGACACAAAGAAUCAUACUUUCUUCACUGGCAAGUGGGAAGCAAAGCCUGAAGACGACAUAAGGCACUGGACCAAAUUUCCAUCUUUCUCACCCCUUCUGAGCAAAGUGGAGGUUGAUGGUGGGAGAUAUUUGGACUUAAGUAACUACCCCUGCAUAUUUAUGAGAUGGAAAGAGCAAUACUUUGUGAAUGUUGGAACUGACUGUGGGUUAACCAUAGCUGGUUUCUACUAUGUUUGCUUCUCCUGUAGUGAUGGCUCCAUCAAUGGUUUCUAUUAUGAUCCCAAUAGCAGCCCAUUUCAGAAACUUGAGCUGAAGUCCACCAACGAGGGAAGAUUGGGUUUCAUUUUUUCCUCCCUAUGAGUUGCAAUGAGAUGGAACUAGGAAGGUGUUUCCAAUCUCGAUAAUGAUAAAGUAUGUGCACCACAUUGAGCAUUAGACGCAAUACUGCUCCUUCAAUAUUCUACAGCUGCUGCAAAAAAACUCUGAUGUUGAAGUGUGUUUUGUUUAGAUGGUUCUCAAAGAUCAGUUGAUGAGAUGUGGUUUUGUUUUAAACGAUGCAACUUGUGUUUGAAAACUAUACUCAGUUAUGUGCUGAGUUUAUUGAUGGUCCGAUUGAAGCAUUUCAUUUUGUCUGUUCGAUCAUGAUCUAAUGUGAUACAUAUCAUUGAAAGAUUGGCGCCAGAGAGUUGGAUCUGUUUCCUUGC